AUGGAUAUCGACAUGAGCCGGCGGAACAAGACUCCGCGUCCCCUGACCGAAGCCGAACGAGCCCGACUCGAAGAAUUUGUGGACGCCAUCCGAUACUCAGAGAGAUACAGCGACGACGAAUUCGAGUACCGCCAUGUCCAGUUACCUAAGAUGAUGCUCAAAGCGAUUCCGAAAGAAUACCACGAUUCAGCCAAGGGCACGCUGAAGCUCCUGUGGGAGGACGAGUGGAGGGCCAUGGGAAUGACACAGAGUCUUGGCUGGGAGCACUACGAGGUCCAUGAGCCGGAGCCGCAUAUCCUCCUUUUCAAGCGACCUCUCAACUACCAGCCGCCUCAGUGA